AUGGUGGCAGACAUCAGGCUCGCCGCCUCUGGUGAGGCCCACGCCGAGGCGGCCGGCCGCGUUUCAGUAGCGGAGCUGGACUGGUCUCAACCGGGGCACUUCACAGGCGGCGGCGAGGGCGGCAUGGGUGUGGUGCGUGGGCCGUACGACUACAUCUUGGCGGCCGACUGCGUCUACCACGAGCACCUGCUGCGCCACCUGUACCAUGCGGUGAUGGCGCUCUCCAACGAGCGCACCGUCAUCCUGAUCGCCAAUGAGCGGCGCAGCGAGAGCGUGCAGCGGGCAUUCCUCGACCUGUUCUCACCCAGCUUCACCUUCAAGCGGGUGCGCUGGUCCGGCUUGUCUGGGGCCCAAGGCCCGCUGGCGUGCAGCUCUUCUACGACAACGCCUCACACCGCGCUGUGGCAGUGUCUUUAG